AUGCCUACCGACUACAGUGGCACAUGGGACAUGACUAGUAAUGAAAACUUUGAAGGUUACAUGGUUGCUCUUGGUAAGUUCUCUUUUCACUUGUUAAUUGCAGCACACAUUUUCUUAUGUUUUUAGGAAAGUGACUUUGAUUACAAUAAUAUUUACUAUUUAUUGAUUAAUUAAUUAGGGUGAGUAUUGGUAAAGUGUGACACUUUAUUAAAAUUCGUUUUCCGGAACACCUUACAGAAUCAUCCCAUUGUCCUAACCCCCAACAUGAUACCAUUCUAAACAGUUUAAGAACCCUACUACACUAUACCAACAAAAAAAUAUUAAACACAGGACUCUUCUUCAAACACAAAUUGUGCUGAGACCACAUUUUUUAAGUCAAUACUGGCAAACUGGUACACCUUGAUUGGCAAUGUGGGACACUUCAUUCUUUAUUGUAAAGAAGAAUAAAUUAGAAUAUAUUAGUAUUUUCAAUAUUUUAAUGAUAAACUUAAAUUAUUCAUACAAAUUAAAUGUAUUAAAACAUGCUUUAUGUAUUUUUGUGGAACAUUAAGAAUGAUCAUUUAUCAUUAUUAUUAUUAUCAUAAUCAUACUUGAUUAUAAUUAUAUGACGUAGCCUAUAUGUCAUUGUAUAGCAUAUAAAUAAAAUGAACUUCAUCUAGGCCUAUCAGCUCAACAUUCUCAACACUACAAUCUAAUGGACAUUUUGUAGAAUGAAACCAGAAAGGCCUUACCCCUCAACAAUUUCAAUGACCGUUUUAUUGUCACCAGAGUCAAAUACAGCAAAAUACUAUUUUCUUGUCAUCAUAUACCUGUAUGGUUAAGAAUAUAGCUAGCUAGGAUUUUUUAUGUUGGUGAGGUAAUAUCUUUCUAAGUAAAAUGCAGCUAUGCUAGCUUUUUCUAGCAAGCUAGCUGAUAGCAGAUUUGAGGAAAAUUAAAUUUAGAAAAUGUAUUUCUGUUAAGAAAACAUGUAUUUCAUAAUCCCCUGAAAUAUUUUUUCUGCAUUAAAAUGGCCUAGUGUCCCAGUUUGACAGUAACAGGGUGUCCCAGUUUGACAGUAGGCGAUUGGCAUACUGGGACAAAGGUCAAAAUGUCAAUAUUCUAAAAACGUGAGAGUAUUAAUAAAACCGUUUUUUUACAACCUUGACAUUAUUUACCUCAGAACCCUAUGCCAUUUUACUUACCAUUAUGCCUCUAGAGACCCAUGUCAUUACACGGGAUGCCACGCCCACAAUGAUUAUGAUCACAUACUUCCUCACUAACACACAGGCACAAUGUUAUUGAACACAUUUAUAGAUAUCCAUUACAAAGCUUAAGUGUCCCACUUUGCCAGGUGUCCCACUGAACCAAUACUCACCCUACCUGUUGGUAAUUCAUUAAUACUGACAGUAGGUAGGGUAGUGUACCGUUCCAUUCAACUGAAAUUGAUUAUCUUUGAUUCAUUCACUUUUAUUCAUUUAUUAGAUAGGCCUAUAUUUUCAAAUCCAUAAUAUUUCAUAAUUCUCAUUUCUCUUAUCUGUCAAUAAUUCAAAACACAUUUUUAUGUUGCCGAUAAUAACAUGUACAGUUGAAGUCUGAAGUUUACAUACACUUAGGUUGGAGUCAUUAAAACUUGUUUUUCAACCACUCCACAAAUUUCUUGUUAACAAACUAUAGUUUUGGCAAGUCGGUUAAGACAUCUACUUUGUGCAUGACACAAGUCAUUUUUCCAACAAUUGUUUACAGACAGAUUAUUUCACUUAUAAUUCACUGUAUCACAAUUCCAGUGGGUCAGAAGUGUACAUACACUAAGUUGACUGUGCCUUUAAACAGCUUGGAAAAUUCCAGAAAAUGAUGUCAUGGCUUUAGAAGCUUCUGAUAGGCUAAUUGACAUAAUUUGAGUCAAUUGGAGGUGUACCUGUGGAUGUAUUUCAAGGCCUACCUUCAAACUCAGUGCCUCUUUGCUUGACAUCAUGGGAAAAUAAAAAAAGAAAUCAGCCAAGACCUCAGAAAAAAAAUAGUAGACGACCACAAGUCUGGUUCAUCCUUGGAAGCAAUUUCCAAACGCCUGAAGGUACCACGUUCAUCUGUACAAACAAUAGUACGCAAGUAUAAACACCAUGGGACCAUGCAGCUGUCAUACCGCCCAGGAAGGAGACGCGUUCUGUCUCCUAGAGAUGAACGUACUUUGGUGCGAAAAGUGCAAAUCAAUCCCAGAACAACAGCAAAGGACCUUGUGAAGAUGCUGGAGGAAACAGGUACAAAAGUAUAUAUAUCCACAAUAAAACGAGUCCUAUAUCAACAUAACCUGAAAGGCCGCUCAGCAAGGAAGAAGCCACUGCUCCAAAACCGCCAUAAAAAAGCCAGACUACGGUUUGCAACUGCACAUGGCGACAAAGAUCGUACUUUUUGGAGAAAUGUCCUCUGGUCUGAUGAAACAAAAAUAGAACUGUUUGGCCAUAAUGACCAUUGUUAUGUUUGGAGGAAAAAGGGGGUCGCUUGCAAGCCGAAGAACAUCAUCCCAAUCGUGAAGCAUGGGGGUGGCAGCAUCAUGCUGUGGGGGUGCUUUGCUGCAGGAGGGACUGGUGCACUUCACAAAAUAGAUGGCAUCAUGAGGAAGGAAAAUUAUGUGGAUAUAUUGAAGCAACAUCUCAAGACAUCAGUCAGGAAGUUAAAGCUUGGUCGCAAAUGGGUCUUCCAAAUGAACAAUGACCCCAAGCAUACUUUCAAAGUUGUGGCAAAAUGGCUUAAGGACAACAAGUCAAGGUAUUGGAGUGGCCAUCACAAAGCCCUGACCUCAAUCCUAUAGAAAAUGUGUGGACAGAACUGAAAAAGCGUGUGCAAGCAAGGAGGCCUACAAACCUGACUCAGUUACACCAGCUCUGUCAGGAGGAAUGGGCCUACAUUUACCCAACUUAUUGUGGGAAGCUUGUGGAAGGCUACUCAAAACGUUUGGCCCAAGUUAAACAAUUUAAAGGCAAUGCUACCAAAUACUAAUUGAGUGUAUGUAAACUUCUGACCCACUGGGAAUGUGAUGAAAGAAAUAAAAGCUGAAAGAAAUAAUUCUCUCUACUAUUAUUCUGACAUUUCACAUUCUUAAAAUAAAGUGGUGAUCCUAACUGACCUAAGACAGGGAAUUUUUACUAGGAUUAAAUGUCAGGAAUUGUGAAAAACUGAGUUUAAAUGUAUUUGGCUAAGGUGUAUGUAAAUCUCAACUGUAUGUGAUUGUUAUUGUCUGAACUCUGCAUUUUUUGGGGGGGCAAUCAUUCAUUUUUCUUUAGUAUGUGGCACAUAUGGGGACACCUGCAGGGUUAGGGUUACUUUCUAAAUGUAAUCCGUUACAGUUACUAGUUACCUGUCUAAAAGUGUAAUCAGUAACAUCACUUUUGGAUUAGCCUACCCCAAAAUCUGUAACAUAAUCAGAUUACUUUCAGUUACUUUUGGAUUACAUUCCCCUUAAGAGACUAAAAAGAUCCAUCAAACGCAUUUCGUGUCCUCAUAGUGGUUUGUGACUUGUGGUCAGACUUGCUCAGGUGGAACAAACGUAAACUUUUUUAAUGCUAAAUUAUAAUAUAUAACAUAAUAUACACUGUGUACAUUAUUUAGCAUUUAGCAGUUCACCCUCUGAAUGGCACACAUACUGUACACAAUCCAUGUCUCAAGGCUUUAAAAUUAUUCUUUAACCUGUCUCCCCCCCUUCAUCUCUACACUGAUUGAAGUGGAUUUAACAAGUGACAUCAAUAAGGGAUCAUAGCUUUCACCUGGUCAGUUUGUCAUGGAACGAGCAGGUGUUCUUAAUGUUUUCUACACUCAGUGUAUAAAUAACAGAAAGGUGUAAUAAUUUAUUUCUUCACAAACAUCCUUUCUGAAUAUAAAUGUAAUCCAAGAAGUAAUGUAUUUUUUCAAAAGUAUCUGUAAUCUAAUUAUAAUAUUUUUGCUUGUAAUGUAACUGAUUGAAUUGAUUUUUGUUUGUUACAAAUCAGAUUACAUGUAACUGAUUAGGCUACAUGUAAUCAAUUACUCCCCAACACCUGUGCCAGAGUUACUUCAUAUUGUCAACUUCUAUCUACUUUCUUUUGCUCAACAUGCUCCCCAGUAGAAUUAUAACUCCAUAUAAUAUGAAUAUUAACUUAUUUCGAAAUACAUUCUGAAGAAUUCACAUUUGUAAAAAGCCUUGUCUUUGGAGUUAUGAUUCAUACCCUAGCUCACCAGUUUCCUACUGAGAAUGGAUUGGAAAUGUUCAGUCUCUUAGGAUAUAUUUGUAACAGAUGCAGGAUUUCUUUCCUUACAGGCAUUGAUUUUGCAACACGCAAGAUUGCAAACAUGUUGAAACCUCAGAAAGUGAUUGAGCAAGACGGGGAUUCUUUCACCAUCAAAACAUUCACUACCUUCAAAAACUACACAGUCUCAUUCAAGAUUGGGGAAGAGUUUGAGGAGGUGACCAAAGCCAUGGAUAACAGAAAAGUCCAGGUAGAAACUUGCAAUUUACUGUUCCUAUGGGCGACGGCACUUUAUCAUUUAUGUCAUAUAAUUAUCAUGAUGAAUAGAACCCUUUGUUAUUUUGCUCCUUGUUGCUUAUUGAACUGUGGGCAUUAAUAUGGCAACAUUGAACACAAUAUGUAACAGAGCCUAAGCCUAUUUCAAGCAAGCUGGAGCUAUCCCAGGUGUUUUAAAAUUAUGGUCCACACAACACAUUAUGAUAAGUGCUCUUGUUUAUUACAGACAGUGGUCAACUGGGACAAUGAUAAACUGGUGUGUGUUCAGAAGGGAGAGAAGAAGAACAGAGGGUGGAAACACUGGAUAGAAGGAGAUGAGCUCCAUCUGGUAUGUAGCAUGUACUCAUAUCUACCUUUUAACUACAUUGAUGGCAUUGGCAAAGCAUUAGUAGGCCUAACUGUUAUGCAUUUUCCCUCUCUCUUAUAGGAAAUCACCUGUGGGGAUAAAGUCUGCAAGCAGAUUUAUAAAAAGAGUGCUUGA